AUGAUAUUCUUCUUAAGUGUUAUUACUUUGACAUUGGCUACUGAAGUCAAUUUGAUGAUGCCACUUGAUACUGUCAAUUCUAAUGGAGUUAAUAAUAAAGGACAACUUCAAAAUGAUUUAAAUAAAAUUAAAUCAGGAGGAGUUGCUGGUGUCAUGGCAGAUGUUUGGUGGGGACUUGUAGAAACAUCACCAAGAAAUUACAAUUGGAAUGGAUAUAAAGAAUUAGUUCAAAUGGUUAAAAAUGCAGGAUUAAAAUUCCAAGCAGUUAUGUCAUUCCAUAAAUGUGGAGGAAAUGUAGGAGAUUCAGUAACAAUUGAAAUUCCACAAUGGGUAAGAAAUGCAGGAGCAGCAAAUGAUGCAUUCUUUAAAGAUAAUGAAAAUAAUGUUAAUAAUGAAUAUAUUUCAUUUGCAUAUGAUGAUUCAUCUAUUUUUGAAGGAAGAACACCAAUUGAAAUUUAUAAAGAUUUCAUGACUUCAUUUAAACAAAACUUCCAAAGUUAUAUUGAUGAUGGAACAAUUAAUGAAAUUCAAGUAGGUAUGGGACCAUGUGGAGAAACAAGGUAUCCAUCAUAUCCACUUUCAAGAUGGAGUUAUUGCGGAGUAGGAGAAUUCCAAUGUAAUGAUGGUAAAUCAAAAGAAUUACUUAAAAAAGCAGCAACAGCCAAAGGACAUUCAGAAUGGGGAAAUGGAUCACCAUCAAAUGCAGGAAAUUAUAAUUCUAAACCACCAUCAUCAACAGGAUUCUUUGGAAAUGGAUUUGAUAAUUAUCAAAGUGAAUAUGGAAGAUUCUUCCAAGAAUGGUAUUUUGACUUGUUAUUAAGUCACACAGAUAAAGUUCUUUCAGCAGCAAGAAAUGUAUUUGGAAAUACACUUGCACUUGCAGGUAAAAUAUCAGGAGUUCAUUGGUGGUACAAUGAUCAAUCACAUGCAGCAGAAAUGACAGCUGGAUAUUAUAACUCAAAUGGAAAUGAUGCAUAUAAAACACUUUCUAAUACAUUCAAAAAUAAUAAUGUUAGAUUUGAUUUUACAUGUCUUGAAAUGAGUGGAACUGAUGGAAAUUGUGGAUCAUCACCAGCUAAUUUAGUUGAUCAAGCAUUUAAUGCAGCAGGAACAGUUGGAAUUGGAAAAUGUGGAGAAAAUGCACUUGAAUUAUGUGGAUAUGGAGGAUGUAACACUAAUGGAUUUAAUCAAAUCAUCAAUAAAUGUAAACAACAUGGAUUAACAGCAUUCACAUAUUUGAGAAUGACAAGAGGACUUCUUGAUGAUGGAAAUGCAUGGGGACAAUUCACUAAUUUUGUUAGUAGAAUGAGAUAA